AUGCCUCACCGACGCCUUUCAUCCGCCGGUACCUGCCAGGUCGUUCCGCGGGAAAACGAGCUGCCGUGUCCUGAUCGGGGGUACGGCGACCGCCCACGUCUUUGUCCCGCCCAUCGCGCGGAGUACGCCCAGCUCACCGCGCAAUACAAGGCGACGUCUGAGGAAGCAGAGGGCCUGUACACGCGCGUCCGCGCACAGGACUGGGACGACGCCACCCUCUGGAACUUGACCGAUGUCGAAGAGGGGAUAGCGUCCGCGAGUCUCUGUAUCGACGUUUUGAAUCGGGAGAUUCGCGAGCGGCAGGAGCAUCACAGGCGGUUCUUCAUCGAGCUGCACGACGGGCACGAGGCGUGGAUCAACCGUCUGUGCAAGAAGCUGGUACAGGUAGAGGCCGUCGCAACACAGCUCGGUCAUUGCCAGACUGCGCUCAUCGACGACCAGAAGCGGCGUGCGGAGCAGACACGCCUUGCUGAAGAACGACGCAAGAGGGAAGCGGCGCGCCGCUCUUACUUGAACGACCUCGGGGCGAACUCGCGCUCCAUCCCCGCCAGUACGCACAAGUACGACUACUGCGUGCGCCCGGAGACCAAUCGCGCUUCACCCAAGUCUACGCGUCCUGUAUGCGUCACCUAUCUUGCCAACAACUCACGCUGUGCCUUGGAGGCCAUGUACGGUGCUGUCAGAUGCCAAGAGCACCAGGACGCAUUCACCCAGACGCUCUCUUCACUUCGCGCCGCCGAGCAACAGUACGGCGAUAUGGGCGCGUCCGUCUAUACCAUCAGGUGUCGUGACGAUCACACACUCUCCCAAGUCACCCAGAACAUCCCCUACGUCGCUCGCUACCUCACGCUUGCGGACACAAUCACCGCGCUGGCAGGGAAGCUACGCAGGCUGGACGGAUACUCCAAACCGAUAGACGCGUAUCGCGAGGCGAACAUGUCGAUCUAUGGCUUACGCCGGGAUGUCGUCGAGAAUCUGCGGAAUAAACUAGAGGGCAUACGAUCGAAUCUAAUGCGGCCUAAGCCGGCAGCAGCGGCGCAGAAGCCAUACCGGGCACCGACUCGGGAGACGGCUCCGCAACGUCGCUCGGAGGACGAGGGCACUGGCUGGGUGGGCGCCAUAGUGGCGGCCGCCGUUGUGGGAGUCGCGGCAUUCUUUCGCUUUGGACGCUAA